GUAGUUGGACCUGGUGGUCAAGUUAUAGGAGGCCAGCAACAGGGCGGAGUUGUGAUCGGAGGGGACGACGGCUCCGAUUCGCAAGCAAUCAGUUCGGUGAAGCAGAGUGAAGCAGGAACGCAAGCCAGCGCUACGGCCGAGGGCAAACAUGGCCAGGGAAGUGCCAAGUCCCAAGUAAGCGGUACUUACACCGGCUCGGGUUCAUUUUCCGCUCAGGCGGGAACAAGCGAUGCAACAAAAAGUGCACAAACUCAGGUAAGCGGUGGCAAGGAGGGUGCUAAAAGUAGCUCUCAAGGAAGCGGUGGCCUCGGCAAAAGUCAGACCCAGGUCGAGCUCGACUCGGACACCGGGGCUACGUCAACGAACGCUCAGAGCAGCGGAUGGAACCACGGGACAAACUCGCAAGUCCAGGCCAGCGGCAAGGGUGGAAUGGCAGACGCCCAGGCGAACGGCGAAGGUCAAACCUCGAGUCAAGCCCAAAUUGGCUUUCAACCGUACGUCAACCGCAACGAGAAGGUCGAGAGGCUCGAGAAGCCCUUCCGCGGUGGUGGCACGGCUUCGGCUCAGAGCGGCACCUUCCGGGGUCAGUCUCAGUCGCAGCUGCAGGGCUCGUUCCACUACGGCAUCACCUACUCGGGCGCAGCUCAGGCGGGCUCCGGUUCCGGCGCGGCAGCUCUGAGAAAACCCUUCAAUUUCACCAACAACGACUCGAGCCUCUUCAAACCGUUCAAGUUCGACAACAAUAACAACAAGAAGGAGGAAAAAGUCGAGACGACUACGGAGAUUGUGCCCAAGGAGCAGCUUCAGGGCUCGAGCUCGAGGCAAACGGUCAUAGCCAUAACGUCGAGGAAUGGCCAGGUUGACAAGAAGAACUACAAGGCAGAAGCACCGCCGCAGCCUUACGAGAACGAGGACGAGUACGAGGAGUACGAGGACGAGGAGUAUACCGCGGAGGCGAACAGGAAAGCGACCACGUCGGUGGCACCCCAGACGACCAAACAGACGAUGCGCGUCGUUACCGACGGUGAGUACGAUGUGAGCGUGAAACACGAGGAAUCUACGACAGAGGAAGCGAAUGGACACUCACUUCCGGGAUACGUUGCCCAUCGAGAUUCGGGCCAUCGCGGGAAGAUAGCGUCUGUGGCUGGACGAAGAACGAUUGCUCAGGGUGACGGUCGUGCUCAGAGCCAGACGGUGUCGUUAGUCCCGGUAAACCGGACCACCGGCAAGCCUGCCGUCUCGGACACGAGAUCUUUAACAACACGACCCACCGACCGGGUCGGUGGUAUUUACUACGGUGGGAUGAAGGCUUUCACGGAUGCUCAGGAGACGACGCCCAAGACGAGCUACGUGUCGGUGUCGAACAGCGUCGCUGGCAAGAUGGACGACAAGAGCGAGGUCAAGAAGUACGAGCAUCGUUACUACACCAAAAGCUCGACCUGUGGAUACUUUACUUUCUCGUGCAACGUUGUGUACGGCUCGAACGGCAGGCGGAAGAUCUGCAAGCCCAAGAUGCCAACCAAUGCUGACGGCACGCCCAAGUGCUGAGUACCUACAUACUUGCUACAUAUAUACAUCAGUCAAGCACACGAGCGUAUAUUAUAUUGUAGUUUACUUGUAGAAAUGAUUUUUAUUUUAUGUUUUAUCCAUAAGUCUUAUAAGUAGUGUAUUCGUAGAAGGCUUUCAAAUGAUCUGGCUUGCGUAGGAGACACGUCUACUGUGUCAGUUUCGACGAAACGCUUAUUGUAUUUUAUUAAAAUAUAGAGAUGGAGCUUUUUUAUUUAAAGCACUCGAUCAUGUAUUUUUAAAUAU